AUGGACGCGGGCCUCGUCUUGAUUGCGGAAAGUGAAUUGGCGCACGAGGUCACGCCGGAAUACCUGGCCGAGGACUCUGGCAACACCCUAAUUGGUAUUUCGAUUGCCUUCGCCAUACUCACCACACUAUUUCUCGGUCUGCGAUUGUAUGCGAAGCAAUUUACAGCUGGCGGCUAUGGCGUUGACGACUACUUCCUGGUGGCCGCUUACGUCGUUGACUUGGGCAUGUGUGCCGUAGGCAUAGUUAUGGUUCGAGUUGGCGGCGUCGGGCGUCAUGUCGAAUUUGUCGAAGAGUUUCAUCCAGCUCUGCUGGUUGGCUGGGCCAAGUGCAUCCUGGCCUUUGAGAUUAUCUAUUUCGCAUCCGUGGCACUGCCGAAGAUGGGCAUUGUCUUUCUGUACCUGCGUGUAUUCAACUGGAAAGGUCCGAUGAGGGCCUUCGCCUACGUCCUUCUGGGUGUCUUGGCCGCGACGAGCAUCUCCUUCAUCAUCACGGCGUGCUUCCAAUGCAUACCCAUUGCGUUCUGGUGGGAUCGAACCAUUCCUGGAGGCAAGUGCGUGGACGUACAGGCCUUCUUUCAUGCGCAGAGUAUCCCAGGUUUCGUGCUGGACUUUUUCAUCAUGGCCCUGCCCAUCAAGACUAUAUGGGGAUUGAAGCUGCCUACUCACAAGAGGAUCGCGCUCUUGGGAAUCUUCAUGGUCGGCAGUUUUGGAGUUGUUGCGUCCAUCAUCCGAGCGGUAACCUUCUUUGGCACGGCAGCUUUUACAGACCGUACAUGGGCAUCUGUCGCUCUCGUCGGCUGGAGCAUCGUCGAAACGGGAACGUACAUCAUCGCUGCCUGUCUCCCUCACCUUAAGCCCAUGAUAUCGCACUACACGCCGCCGUGGCUCAAGUCCAUGGUCCGCAAGACGAUAUCACAAGCUAGCAACUCCAUGUCUAAAGCCAACGCCUCCAAACACUCACAUUCCCGCCGAAACGACGACGACGAGGUGGAACUCACAGCCCGAUCCAAGAAACAAAUGGUCGAUACGGAGAGCAUGGCCGGGGACGAAGAGCGUGGAUAUGGUAUGCGGUCUCCUGCAAGCACAACAAUCGAGAUCCGCAAGUCGGACGAUAUGCCGACAGGAGAUUGGGCCCAAGAGGGACAGAUACGCGUCACGACGGAGGUGAAGCUAGAAAGAGUGCGAACAUCGGCGUUUUUAAGAGACUAA